AUGUUGGUUGGUACCCCCCACCUGCUGACACUGGAUGAAGCUGAUGCCACCUGGACCCUCAUCAAGGAUAAAGUUAUCGAGGAGCGCUUUGGGCGCAAUGUAGUGGCAGUACCUUUCCUGUCAGAUUCAGCCUGCUAUGACCUACUGGGUGUGCUGGUGAAGCAGUCCCGACCAGCCCACACCCGCCUGGCUUUACCAAGUCGGCAGUGUCGGCGGGCACUACAACCAGUGGGGCCACUGCCAAAUCUCCUGGAGCAGGCAGGAUCUGAGGGUGCCUUUGCCCACUGCACUCGGGAAUACUCACCAAACGGCCGGGCAGAGAUAGCCUAUGAAGAAAUGCGACUGUUGGAUGGGCAGCCCUGCCGGAUCCGCCUGCACAUGGGUGGCCUGCGCAAGAAGGUGGCCUUCCUGUUGCUGCCACCAGGGCAGGUGAGCCUACAGCAAAAUCUUCCCUGGCUCCGAAGCACCCACAGUAUCUAUGUCAUCUACCAGGUCUUCUCCUGCUCCUGGCUGCAGCUGGGGCUGUUGCCUACAGCCCAAGAGCCCCAGCUGCUCCGGUUACAACGGUCCCUGCCUGUUGCAUUCUCAUGCCUCAAGUUUUCACUGCAGCCCAAAGGAGUGCUAGGACCGCAGAAGCCUCUGACCAAAGAUCCACUGCCCCAUGGGGCCAACUGGGUCAGACCCAACCUCAGCAUUAUGCCACCUCUGGCCCCCAUGUCAGCUCCUGCCGACACCCCUGAAGCUGCUGAUAUGCCCCCACCUGUCCCUGCCCCACCUACACCACCUCCUCAGGAAGGGCCAGAGUGCAGACCCACCAGAUUCUCCUACAAGGGCCGGAAUCCCUUCCGCAGGGGGCCCCACAUGUUGUCAGAGAACUGGCUCUUCAGCCCCCGCAGCCCCCCACCAGGAGUCCAGGGUGGGGGCCCCGGGGACCCCGACCGGCACUCCAUGUCCCUGCCCCUGCUGCAGGGUCUAUCCUCAGAGUUCGACAGCGACGAAUGA